AUGGCAAACAAUUUCUCUCUCUACCACCUCCUCCUGAUGGCACUCACCAUCACCAACCUCCGCCUCAUCUCAACCACAGAGUCUCCUCUACCGGCUUCUUCACCACAGCCAACUCCACUCUCACUCCCACCACCUACUAACCUCUCACCACCACCUGAGCCCCGAUCUACGCCUACCAUCCCAACACCACCACCAACAAUACCCUCUCCACCCAUCACUACAUCACCUCCUCCCUCUCCUACAAUCACCGAGCCACCACCGCUCUCUCCACCAGCCAUUAUGUUUCCAUCACCACCGCCGCCGCCGCCGGCAGAGCUCCAAGCACAGCAACUCAACAACAUAAUCGAUGCACUAAUCGGAGCGGGCGACUUUGCGGGUUGGGCCAAUAUUCUCUCCUCCACCGAUCCAUCAACCCUCCCUCUCUCCUCCACCCUCUUCAUCCCCGGCAACGAAGCCCUCUCUCACCUCCCCACCGACACCGCCACCGGCAUGGAAAACUUCGAAGCAUUCCUCAUACCGUAUCACAUAGUCCCCCAACGCCUCUCUUUCUCUGACCUCCAACUCUUCAAGACCAGCACUCGCCUCCCCACUCUCUUACCCUCCAAAACCAUCCUCAUCACCAACAAUUCUCUCUCCAACUUCACCAUUGACGACUCUAUCGUCAGUCACCCAGAUAUCUACCUAAACUCAGCCAUGGCGGUCCACGGCAUUGGCGCCAUUCUUGAUUACACUGUCUACGGCGGUGACUUCUUCGCACCACCUGACCCAAUUCAGGUCCCUGCACCGCCACAACCGGUGGUUCCUCCAUUUUUUCCCACCGGGGAAAUUAUAGGUGGCCGGAG